AUGAGUGACGGGAGUGGCGGCAGCAGCCAGAACGAAGCUGCAUCCACUGUGUUCGUCGGAAGCAUAUCACCUGGUGUGAGCGACCGGUGGCUCGUCCAGCUAUUCCAGGCAUGUGGCGGCUAUCGCUCAUUUAAACGAGUCAGUAAAGCAUUUGGAUUCGCGGACUUUUCCACACUGCGUGAUGCGUUGCGUGUGCUGGCCGUCCUGCACGAUCUGGAGCUGCCGAGCAUGGGUUCGGAGCGCGGCAAACCCACCAAGAAGCUCAUCGUGCGUGCUGAUGAGAAAACUAGUGCAUUUCUUGGUGAGUUUGAGAAAACGAUGGUUCGUACCGACGCAGACUCGCUGCAAGAUGCUGCUGCGCGUGCGCGUGUCGACUAUGUGAUUCAGGCCAUGUCGAACCCGAAUGCCGAGUCGGGUGAUGAGCCUGAGCGCUAUGAAAUACCCUCCCAUCUCAAAGACUUGUCCAUGAGUGAGAUUCCUGUGAAUCGACGGAAGCACGUUCUGUCAGAGAUUGAGAAAUUUCGCUUGGGUGCUGUCGCUAGCGAUGCUGCUGACCGGAAGCGUGAGCUAGAACUAGAGCGACAAAGAGCCGCCGCUUUAGCGAUGCGCCACUCUUCUCCCAUGUCGAAUUCAGGAUCAGCGACGCCACUGUCCAAGAUGCGAGACACGCCUGACGCGUCUGACCACACGAGCACAGCGGCCGACGAUCCUGAAGUUACAGACGAGCGUAAUGAGGCGGAUCGACAGCGUGUGGAAGCCUCACGCCGUGCUCGUGACGCACGCCAAGCGGAGCAUGCGUAUCUAGAGCGCGAGCAGGCACGACUUGCUACGUGGGCGGAGCAUACGCUGACAGAGAAUGCAUCUGCGCGAUCCAUGGAGGCUUGGCUGAAUUUGGAUGAGGACACUGAAUUAGCUCGCGAGAGCUUCUGGACAGACCGACGUCGUUGGAUACAACGGCGUGCUGAAGCCCGAAGACGAGAAGAAGAAGCAGACAGAGCAGACCGUGAUGCUGAGAAGGCCGAGAACGCUGAAGCCAAGCGCCAAGCUGAUGCGUUUCUUGCCGAACUUGCUCCUAUGGCAGCGGGUCAUGCGCCGGGCGCUCCGUCUUCGGCACCAAGCUGGCGUCCAUCUAGUGGUGCACCCCCACUCAAGCUCCACGUGCGCCAGGGUGAGAUGCUCCCAGGUGUGCAGCGACGACUGGAUCUUGAGCAAAAAAUGCGCGAUGCACCAGAUCAUGCGCAUGUCAUUCGGCUUGUUCAAUCGCUCCCACGUACCGAGCUGUGGGGCAUUACACCUGCAUGGACGCGAGUUGAUCUCGCACACAUUGCACCCACCAUCGAUGCAGGCAUCGCUGCGAGCUUCGGCGAGUCAGUGCCUGAUCUGCAAGAGGCUGUUCUCGAUAAGCUCCGUGAGCACGCGAAUGCGCAGGACGUAGCGGACGUGCUGGAGCCUGUAUUGGACGACGAGGCGGCUGAUGUAGUGGAUCAGGUGUGGAGGGCUCUCCUGCUGCCGCCGCCGUGA